AUGGUGGAUACCACAGCUGGACUUGAGCCUGCGCUUCCGUCCAGCACCAAGCCUUUGGUGAACGAACGCCAGGAGGCCCCUGUGGAAAUGGCACCGGGUGCUGCUACCACUCUUGUGCAUCACACACCUGUUCUCCAGAAUGAGGAAACCUUCAAGACACCCCAUGUGCACCUCCAUUCUCCUCCUGUUAUCCAUAAGACUGUUCCCAUUGAUAUCCUAGACCCUGUUGGUGUGAGUCAGCUUUCUCGUCGCGUGUCUAUGAGUGAGCAAAAAUAUAACCAACUACAUGCGAUGGCGGGCGACCCUGAAAUGCACCCGCACGAUACUACCAACGCGACUGCGAAUCCAUUUGAUGGGGAGAAGCAGUUUGAUUUAGGUCUGUUCAUGAAGCACCAGCUUGAAGAGUUGGGUGAGCGUGGUCACCAGCCUGUUGAAAUGGGUCUGGCCUUCCAGGAUCUGAGCGUCACAGGCUACGGUACUGGUGCCAAACUGAGCCAGAACAUGGGGUCUAUGCUAAGUGCCCCACUCCGUGCAGGUAUUGGUCUGAAAGAACUUAUUCGGCCUCAUGUGAAGCACAUUCUUACUGGUGUUACCGGCUGUGUAAAGCCAGGUGAGAUGCUUCUGGUCCUUGGCCGUCCUGGUGCUGGCUGUACUACUUUUCUGAAGUCACUGGCUUCGUACCGCGAUGGUUAUCGCAGUAUUGAGGGUACUGUUCUCUACGGUGGCUUUGAUCACAAGGCGAUUGAUGGCAUGCUUCGUGGUGAGGUUGUUUAUGCACCGGAGGAUGACAACCACUUUGCGACACUCUCUGUAAAGAAUACGUUGGAGUUUGCAUCGGCCACGCGUACGCCUCGCUCGGACUACCGUGUCACUUUUACUGAGAAGCACUCUCGUAAGGAAUUUAUCUCUCUUAUGGUCGAAUCGAUUGCCACUAUUUUGGGUCUGCGACACACGUACAACACCGUGGUGGGCGAUUCAUUUGUCCGCGGUGUCUCGGGUGGUGAGCGAAAGCGUGUGAGUAUCGGUGAGACACUUGCUUCGCGUGCUCACGUUGUCAUGUUCGACAAUUCGUCGCGCGGUUUGGACUCUUCGACUGCUUUGGAGUUUGUGCAAGCGCUUCGUGUGGCCACAGACAUUGGUAGGCGUACUACGCUUACAAGUAUGUACCAGGCUGGCGAGGCUAUUACCAACACAUUCGACAAGGUCAUUGUGCUCAACAAAGGUCACUGUGUCUAUUUUGGUCCGGAAGCGGAAGCUGCGAACUAUUUCAAGUCUAUUGGUUACCUGCCUUUGAACCGUCAGACCACCGCUGACUUCUUGGUGGCCUGCACAGACCCGAUUGCUCGUAAUUUAAACCCUGAAUUCAAGGAUGUGCCUACCACGCCAGAGGCUAUGGCAGAAGCUUUCCGCCGCUCGCCUCAAGGCCAGGCGAACGCGCGUGAAGUGGCUGAAUACGUUGCACAGAUGCAAUCAGAGACCGAACAGGAAAAGGGCGCACUGGUUGAAGGUAUGCGUGGCCAGCGUACGAAGCGCGUGGCUAAGAAGAGCAUGUAUAUGCUCUCUUGGCCACAGCAAGUUCGCCUGGCUAUUAAGCGUCGUUUCCAGAUCACUAUUGGUGACUCAGCUACCAUGGGGAUCAUGUCUGCUGCCAUGAUUUUCCAGGCUUUGAUUAUGGGUUCCGUGUUCUUCCAGAUGAAUGACCAGACGGAUGCAUUCUUCUCUCGCAGUGGUGUUAUUUUCUUCGCUUUGCUAUACAACAGUUUCUCGGCCAUGGCUGAAGUGCCCAACAACUAUACCCAGCGUCCGAUUGUAAUCCGACACAAACGAUUUGCUAUGCUUCGACCUUCGGCUGAUUCUCUUGCGAACUGUCUGCUCGAUAUUCCUGUGCGUAUGGUACCUAUGACGUUCUUCAACGUUAUUCUGUACUUUAUGACAGGUCUUUCGUACCGGGCAGACAAGUUUUUCAUCUUCUAUUUCCUGGUUUUCCUGAUUACAUUUACGAUGGUUACAGUCUUUCGAUUCUUGACGGCCGUCUUCCGCAAUGUGGCCGUGGCUACCAUGUUAGCCGGUUUGAUUGUCAUUGACUGUGCUUUGUAUGCAGGGUAUGCUAUCCCACGUCCCUCCAUGGUAGUGUGGUGGAAAUGGCUGUCCUAUUGCAAUCCCAUUGCAUUUGGCUUCGAAGUUCUUCUGACCAAUGAAUUCCGGAGCAAGUCCUUGCGCUGUGCAGGUAUGGUGCCUCCGUACCCGAAUGCCCCACUGGAGAGCCAAGUAUGUCCCAUUGCAGGUUCAACUCCUGGAGCAAUGUACAUCGACGGUCUGAGGUACUUGAAGGCUACGUAUAACUAUACAUGGGAGCACACAAACCGGAAUGUUGGUAUUAUUAUCGGCUUCUUCAUCUUCUUCACGCUGGCAUACAUGAUUGCAUCCGAACUCCAAACGGAUCCUGCUGCCUCUGGUGGCAUCAUGGUUUUCCAUCGCGGCAAGGUCAACCGUGAGAUGGUGAACCACCUUGCUGACGAUCCAGAAGGCGCACUCAUGACUGAGGAGCGUCUUGAAGAGUUGCGCAACUCCGACGCGGCCAAGUUCACUGGUAUGCUGGACGUAUCCGAUGAGGUUUUCAGCUGGGAGCAUGUGAACUAUGAUGUCAUGAUCAAGGGUAAGCCUCGUCGUCUUUUGAACGAUAUUUCGGGCUUUGUUUUGCCUGGCAAGAUGACGGCUUUGAUGGGCGAGAGUGGUGCUGGUAAGACUACCUUACUCAAUGUCCUGGCACAGCGUACGGAUGUUGGUGUAGUGACAGGUGACUUUUUCGUGGAUGGUAAACCUCUGCCUCGAUCAUUCCAGGCAGACACAGGUUACUGCCAGCAGCAGGAUGUCCACAUGGCUGAAAUGACUGUACGUGAAUCGCUUCAAUUCUCGGCAUUGCUUCGUCAGCCGCGUGAGACGCCCAAGGAAGAACGCCUAGCCUACGUGGAGACCGUGCUGGAUCUGCUGGAGAUGAAUUCGUUUGCGGAUGCCAUCGUUGGUGAGACUGGUGAAGGUCUGAACGUCGAGCAGCGCAAGCGUUUGACGAUCGGUGUGGAGCUGGCUGCUAAGCCACGUCUUUUGCUGUUUUUAGAUGAACCUACGUCGGGUUUGGAUGCGCAAGCUGCAUGGUCUGUGGUCCGCUUCCUGAAGAGGCUGGCCAACGAAGGCCAAGCCAUUCUAUGCACGAUCCAUCAGCCAAGCGGCGAGCUGUUUAACCAGUUCGACCGUUUGCUCUUGCUGCAAAAGGGUGGUAAGACGGCCUACUUUGGCGAUAUUGGUGAGAACUCUCGUACUUUGCUGGAUUACUUUGAGAAGCGUAGUGGCAUCUCUUGUGAUGAGAACGCCAACCCAGCCGAGUAUAUGCUUGAUGUGAUUGGUGCUGGCGCCACGGCUUCGACGGACAAGGACUGGUUUGCUCUUUUCCGCGAGAGUGAGAAGUACCAGGAGAUGCAAGCCGAAUUAAAGCGCAUUUCGGACCUACGUGACAAGCCUGUAAACGAGUCGCCCGAGAACCUAUCGCGUCUUAGCCGUGAAUACGCUCAGCCAUUCAGUGUCCAACUAGGUGUUAACCUGUACCGUGUCUUUGUUUCGUACUGGCGUAACCCCACGUAUGUGGCCGCGAAGCUCUUCUUGAAUGUUUUCGGAGGUCUGUUCAUUGGUUCCAGUUUCUGGGGCCAGGGCCAGAAAGUCUCACAGGCUGGUCUUCAGAACAAGCUUUUCGCUACGUUUAUGUCUCUUGUUUUGUCGACAUCUCUUUCUCAGCAACUGCAGCCUGAAUUCCUCAGGCAGCGUGGUAUUUUCGAGGUGCGUGAGAGGCCCUCCAAGCUGUACAGCUGGGUUGUCUUCUUGCUUUCACAGGCCAUUGUGGAGAUCCCAUGGAACAUCUUGGGUGGUACUCUCUUCUGGGUUUGUUGGUACUUUAUGGUUCAGUUCGGGACAGAGGGCCCUCGCGCUGGCUACAGUUGGGGUAUCUACAUGAUUUUCCAGCUUUACUUCUGCUCCUUUGCGCAGGCCGUUGCUACCAUCUCGCCUAAUGCCAUGGUUGCCUCGGUGUUGUUCUCUACGUUCUUUUCAUUUGUCAUCGUUUUCUGUGGUGUCGUGCAACCUCCUGCUCAGUUGCCGUACUUCUGGCGUUCGUGGAUGUUCCAUCUGAGUCCCUUCACGUAUAUUGUGGAGGGUAUGAUGGGCAAUGCCAUUUGGGACAAGCCUGUUCGUUGUCAGCCGGGUGAAAUGAACAAGAUUAUUCCACCCGCGGGACAAACAUGUGAUCAAUGGAUGUCUGGAUUUACUUCCAACCUGUCUCAGCCUGCUGUUCCUGGUGCUGGCUACUACGAAGUGGGACCUGAUGGCUCAUGUAACUUCUGUGCUAUGCGUAAGGGUGAAGACUACAUGGCCAGUAUCCUACUAAAGUCGAGCUAUCGAUUCCGUGACCUUGGUAUUCUCUUCGCUUUCGUUGGCUUCAACUUCAUCUUGUACUUUGUUCUUUACUACUUAUUCCGAGUCCAUAAGUGGAAGAAAAACAAGGCCAUAAAGGGAGAGAAAGACGUAAAAGGUCUGACGCAUGAUCCUUUCGAUGAAAACAAUCGAUUUGAUCUUGCCCGACUCUUGCACGAGACAUAUGCCGAAUCCGACCAACGUGGCAACCAGCGCCGGACCAUGGGUAUUGCGUUCCGCGACUUGCGUGUUACUGGCUAUGGUACUGGUGCACAGCUGAACGAGACGUUUGGUUCCGUUCUUCUUCUUCCAUACCGUAUGCUGGCGGGUAUUCGAGGCAUGUUUAACCGUCCGAUUAAAACCAUUUUGCAAGAUGUUGAAGGUUGUGUGAAGCCAGGAGAGAUGCUUCUGGUUCUUGGUCGUCCCGGCAGUGGGUGUACAUCCCUAUUGAAGGCGCUUGCUUCAUAUCGCGAUGGUUUCCGCAGUAUUGACGGUACUGUGCUCUACGAGGGUCUUGACCAUCGGAGUAUUGAUGGUCCUCUGCGUGGCGACGUUGUCUACUCGCCUGAAGAUGAUGUACAUUUCCCUACUCUGACCGUGGGUCAGACUUUGCGUUUCGCCAGUGCUACCCGAGCCCCGAAUGCCAAGUACCGUGUCACCCUGGGUGAAAAUGGUGACCGUGCCGAGUACAUCGAUCUUACCCGUGAAGUGCUGGCUACCAUUCUGGGUCUGCGUCACACGUACAACACAAAAGUCGGGAACGAUAUGAUUCGCGGUGUAUCAGGUGGUGAGCGUAAGCGUGUGAGUAUUGCUGAAACUAUGGCGGCUCGUGCGAAAAUUGCCAUGUACGAUAACUCGUCUCGUGGUCUUGACUCGUCGACGGCGCUGGAGUUUGUUACGGCUUUGCGUAUCCAGACCAACAUUGCCGAAUGUACUACCAUCGCCAGCAUCUACCAGGCUGGUGAGGGUAUUACACAGCUCUUUGACAAGAUUGCCUUGCUAAACCAGGGCCGUCUUGUGUACUUCGGUCCUGUGAGCAUUGCGGUGGACUACUUCAAGUCCAUUGGCUUUGAGCCCCUGGACCGUCAGACCACAGCAGACUUCUUGGUGGCUUGUACUGAUCUGGCUGGCCAAAACAUCAACAAGAGCUUUAAAGGUGUGGUGCCUCGCAGCCCCGAUGCGCAAGCGGAAGCGUUCCGCAACUCUUGGGUCGGUGCAGCGAAUCGCUCGGAAGUGGAGAAUUACAUUGCUGUGAUGAUGUCCCGGCAAACGAAGCAGAACGCCGACAGUUAUGUGAACUUGGCUCGUGAUGAGCGUGCGAAGUUUGCGUCGCGUCGCAGUCGUUAUCUUCUUUCGUGGCCCAUGCAAGUGCGUCUUGCUCUGAAGCGUCGUACGCAGGUGGCGAUCGGUGAUAUGGGUACCCACAUCACCGUCGUAUUGGCAGCUCUGUUCCAGGCUUUGAUUAUCGGGUCCGUGUUCUACCAAAUGCCGCCAAAUACAGAUGGUUUCUUCUCGCGUGGUGGUGUAUUGUUCUUCUCGCUUUUGUACAACUCUUUCACCGGUAUGUCCGAGAUCGCUCUUUGCUACGAGCAACGCCCCAUUGUGAUUCGGCAAAAACGAUUUGCGAUGCUUCAUCCUUCAGCAGAUGCGUUCGGCAAUACAUUGCUUGACUUCCCGAUUCGAAUGAUGUCCAUUAUUGUCUUCGAUAUUAUCGUCUACUGGAUGACGGGAUUGAGUGCGGAUGCAGGCAAGUUCUUUAUUUACUUUGCCUUGACGACCCUAGUCACAUUCUGUAUGACGGCAUUCUUCCGCAUGGUGGCAGCAGCUACCAAAUCGGAGCCUUUAGCUACGACCUUUGGUGGGUUGGCCGUACUGGAUGUGGCUUUGUACACGGGUUAUAUGAUUCCACGUGGGUCCAUGGUGGUUUGGUGGAAGUGGCUUUCGUACUGCAAUCCUGUGGCCUUUGGUUUCGAGGUUUUGCUUGCUAAUGAAUACCGAGGUCGGCAGUUCCUUUGCACGAUCAUGGUGCCACCUGAUCGACCUAGCGCCAAUCAAGUAUGUCCUGUGGCUGGUGCGGAAGCAGGCAAUCUGUAUGUUGACGGCCCUCGCUAUUUGUUGGAAACUUAUGGCUUUACGUGGGACAAUGCACUACGAAACUCUAUGAUUAUCUUUGCUUUCUGGAUCUUCUUCAUCUUCAUGUUCCUCUUGGUCUCCAACUUCCAGGUGGACCCUGCUGCGAUGGGCGGUGCUAUGAUCUUUGAUCGCUCGAAGGUCUCUGAACAAGUUCUGGCUACCAUCCAUACGAAUGAGCAGGAGAAGGCCUUGGACGAAGGCGAGCCAUUGCGGCUGGAUGCGGACUCGACGCCCGUGGCGAAGCAUCCCGGUCAAUUACAGGUGUCCGAGUCCGUCUUCAGCUGGGAUAACAUAACGUAUGACGUUCUCAUCAAGGGUAAGCCACGUCGACUGCUCAACAAGGUGUCAGGUUAUGUGGCACCUGGCAAGAUGACAGCACUGAUGGGUGAGAGUGGUGCCGGUAAGACGACUCUCCUGAACGUAUUGGCGCAGCGUACAGACGUCGGUGUGGUGGGCGGUGACUUUUUUGUGAACGGCAAGUCUUUGCCACGUUCUUUCCAGGCGGACACGGGCUACUGCCAGCAGCAGGAUGUGCAUUUGGCGCAACACACCGUGCGUGAGGCGCUUCAAUUCUCGGCUAUGCUUCGUCAGCCGCGUGAGACGCCCAAGGAAGAACGCCUAGCCUACGUGGAGACCGUGCUGGACUUGCUGGAGAUGAACUCGUUUGCGGAUGCCAUCGUUGGUGAGGUCGGUGAAGGUCUGAACGUCGAGCAGCGCAAGCGUUUGACGAUCGGUGUGGAGCUGGCGGCCAAGCCCAGUUUGCUCUUGUUCUUGGAUGAGCCCACCUCGGGUUUGGAUGCACAGGCGGCGUGGUCGAUCGUCCGUUUCCUCAAGAAGCUGGCCAAAGAAGGUCAGGCAAUUCUGUGUACGAUUCACCAACCGAGUGGUGAAUUGUUUAACCAGUUUGACCGUUUGCUUUUGCUGCAAAAGGGUGGCAAGACAGUGUACUUUGGCGAUAUUGGUGAGAACUCACGUACCCUUCUCUCGUACUUCGAGCAACGCAGUGGCAUCAAGUGUGAUGCAGAUGCGAAUCCCGCUGAGUACAUUCUGGAUGUGAUUGGUGCUGGUGCGACGGCUACGACUGACAAGGACUGGCAUCAACUGUUCCUUGACAGUGAGAAGUACUCGGUCUUGCGUCGUGACUUGCAGCACAUUUACGAGACGAAGCGCCAGAUGAAGCAGGACACUUCGGCGCGUUCUACACGAGAAUACGCGCAGCCAUUCCCAGUGCAGUUGUAUGAAGUGACGAAGCGUGCCUUUGUCUCGUACUGGCGUAAUCCCUUGUACAUUUACACGAAGAUGAUGCUCAAUGUGGUGUCUGGUUUGGUGGUCGGUUCUAGUUUCUGGGCCCAGGGACGUGAAGAGAGCUACAUUGCUUUGCAGAAUCGAUUGUUUGCAUGUUUUUUGGCCUUGGUGGCGUCGACGUCUCUUUCGCAGCACCUUCAACCUGAGUUUAUCCGCUUCCGUGGCUUGUUUGAAAUACGUGAGAAACCGUCGAAAAUGUAUACCUGGCCUGUGAUGGUCCUUAGUGCCCUCCUUGUGGAGAUCCCAUGGAACUUUCUGGGUGGUACCAUUUACUGGCUUCCAUGGUAUUACUUUAUUCAGUUCCCUAAGGCAUCGAAUCGCGCAGCAUACAGUUGGGGUCUCUAUAUGCUUUUCCAGAUGUAUUAUUGCACCUUCGCUCAGGCCAUGGCGGCUAUCAGCCCCAACGCUAUGAUUUCUUCGAUUCUCUUCUCUACAUUCUUUUCUUUCGUGGUCGUGUUCUGUGGUGUGGUGCAACCUCCUUCUCAGUUGCCGUACUUCUGGAGCUCAUGGAUGUUCCGUUUGAGUCCCUUCACAUGGAUUAUGGAGGGCAUUCUUGGUAAUGCUGUGGGUGAUGCGAAAGUCGAUUGCCAGCCGAAUGAGUUGCAGACAAUUAUUCCCCCGAAUGUAAGCUGCGAGCGAUGGAUGGAACCGUGGACGGCAAAGCGCGAUGCUGUGAACCCACCGCCUCGGACGGGCUACUACGUCUCGAAUCCUGAUGGUACAUGUGGUUUCUGCCGUUACCGCUACGGUGAGGACUACUUGAAUUCCGUCGAGAUGACGGCAAAGGGUAUGUACCGUGACCUGGGUAUCAUUUGCGCCUACAUCGUAUUCAACACGUUAUUGCUGUUCGGUCUGUUCUGGCUCUUCCGCAUCUACAAAUUCGGCAAGAACAAGAAGGAUAAGAAAAUGAACAUGAAUCCCCCGGAGGGUCCCUUCAGCGUGCCGCCACCAACAAUGCAAAUGGAGACACCAGCUAUGGCGAUGGAAGUGCCACAUGCCGUCGGCGCGGAUAUGACCAAUGCCCUGGAUCACUUUGCGCAUAGGUCCGACACGCCCUACAACCAGUCUGAUAUGUCACACUCCACAUCGCAGUUGAUCCCCAAGAACAAGUCAAAUUACGAUGUGGACUCUGUCCAUGGCUCGCCUUUCAUACCUUCUCACCCACUGGAGCCAGUCAAUUUUACUACGUCAGAGGAUUCGGUGUCGUUGAAUGACAUGGUUCGUCAAGAUGCGCGUUCUCGUUCCAAGCGCCUACCGUCCGCACCCGGUGCUGGGCGGGUACGGCCCACCGUGGAAACAUCCUGGGACGAUGCCGCGAAUCAUAUUUACGACCCAGCGCUGUCGCCAGCGUACUACCAGCGUAGUCCACGAACUCCACGCUCCCCACGCUCACGAAAGACUCUCUCGGGCUUGUCGUAUUAUUAUCAGGCCGAGGGUGAUGAAGAGGAGUAUGGCCAUGCACGCUAA